GGACGCGCUGGCCGGACUAUGGCACAGGGGACAGUGAUCCACGUGGCCCCAGAGCAGCCCACCCAUGCUGUCUGUGUGCUGGGCACGGAGACUCAGCUCGACGUCUUCGGCUCUGCCCCCAAGGGCUGCACGUCCUUCAGCAUCAAUGCCUCCCCGGGCGUGGCUGUAGCUGUUUCGCACGGCCCUCCGGCCAAGAGGAAUCCCACAGGCUCCUGCAAGUGGCCCCUGGACCCCGGGCUGGAGGUGAGCCUGAGGAUGAGGGCUGCCAGCAGUAACACAGGUGAUCAGAAGGUUCAGAUUUCAUACUACGGACCCAAGGUCAACCCAGUCCAAGCCCUGCUCUACGUCACCGGGGUGGAAAUCUCCUUGAGCGCGGACACCACCCGCACUGGCAAAGUGAAGCCGAUCAAGGCCGGGAAGAACCAGAGGACCUGGACCUGGGGCCCCCGGGGGCAAGGUGCCAUCCUUCUGGUGAACUGUGACAAAGACAGUCCCAAAGCUCCUGCCAUGGACUGCGCAGAUGACAAGGUGCUUGACAGAGAAGACAUGCAGGACAUGUCCCUGGUGACCCUGAGCACGAGGACCCCCCGGGACUUCUUCACCAGGCACCAGCUGGUGCUCCACGUGGCCAAGUCCGAGAUGGACAAAGUCAGAGUGUUUCAAGCCAGUUGGGCCAAACAGCCCUUGGGGCACAGGGUGAUCCUGGGGCCCCAGAAGCCGUCCCACCUCCUGGAGGUCCCUGGUGGCCAACACAGCACAGACUUCUACGUGGAGGGCCUGGCUUUCCCGGACGCCAACUUCCCAGGCCUCAUUGCCCUCACGGUCUCCCUGCUGGACACGUCCAACCCGGAGCUCCCCGAGGCCCUGCUGUUCCAAGACAGUGUGGUCUUCCGUGUGGCCCCCUGGAUCAUGACCCCCAACACUCAGCCCCCGAAGGAGGUGUAUGUGUGCAGGAUAUUUGAAAAUGAGGACUUUUUGAAGUCAUUGACUGAUCUGGCCAAGAAAGCCAACUGCAAGCUGACUGUCUGCCCCAUGGAGGAGAGCAUGGAGGACCAGUGGAUGCAGGAUGAAAUAGAGAUCGGCUACAUCCAGGCCCCACACAAGGAGAUGCACGUGGUCUUUGACUCUCCGAGGAACAGGGGCCUGAAGGAGUUCCCCAUCAAAUGCCUGCUGGGUCCAGAUUUUGGCUACGUGACUCGAGGCCCCCAAAUGGGGGGCAUCACUGACCUCGACUCCUUUGGAAACCUAGAAGUGAGCCCCCCAGUCACGGUUGGGAAGAAGAGAUACCCGCUGGGCAGGAUUCUCAUUGGGAACAGCAGUUAUCCCAGCGCUAAGAGCCAGGAGAUGCACCAGGCCCUGCAGGACUUCCUCGCUGCCCAGCAGGUGCAGGCCCCCGUGAAACUCUACUCCGACUGGCUGUUCGUGGGCCACGUGGACGAGUUCCUGAGCUUCGUUCCUGUGCACACGAAGGGUUUCCGGCUGCUCCUGGCCAGCCCCAGGUCCUGCUACAAACUGUUCCAGGAGCAGCUGAGGGAGGGCCACGGGGAGGCUCUGCUGUUCGAGGGGGUGAAGACAAAAAGACAGCAGAAAAUAAAGGACAUUCUGUCAAACAAGAAACUGCGAGAACAUAACUCAUAUGUGGAGAGCUGCAUCGACUGGAACCGGGAGGUGCUGAAGCGGGAGCUGGGCCUGGCGGAGCGGGACAUAGUGGACGUCCCCCAGCUCUUCAAGCUCCGUUCGAACUUCACAGGGACCUUCAAGGCCGAAGCCCUUUUCCCAAACAUGGUGAACAUGCUGGUGCUGGGGAAGCACCUGGGCAUCCCCAAGCCCUUCGGGCCCAUCAUCAACGGCCGCUGCUGCCUGGAGGAGAAGGUGCGGUCCCUGCUGGAGCCGCUGGGCCUCCACUGCACCUUCAUCGACGACUUCACCCCGUACCACCUUCAACACGGGGAGGUGCACUGCGGGACCAACGUGCGCCGGCAGCCCUUCUCCUUCAAGUGGUGGCACAUGGUGCCCUGAGCCUGUGCCCCUGGAGUCCUCUCCCUUGGGAACCUCCUGGCCAGGCUCUGGUCCCCUGCAGUGUGGCAUAGCAAGAGUUCUUGGGGACCUUUUGGCUCCCCAGGGGUGGGCAGCUGCUGGGCAAGGCUUGCUUCCUUCCCGUGUGUCCCCCGUGAAGACCCCAACGUGGUCCUGGCAUUGCAAACUCAGUUCUGCUGUGAGAAGCUUCAAUAAAGUUUUAUAAUAAUCACUUUGUACAUGCGGUCAAGCUCUCCUUCAUUCAUCCACUUGUCAUGGCUGAACUGAACCUUACAAACUUGAAGGUGCUACCAGGACUUUUUGAAGGCCAGGGCUCCUGCCUGUGCCUAAGAACGGGGUCCUCGGAGAAAGAGGCAGCAGGAGGGUGCUGCAGAGCCCAGGGGGCACAGGGUUUGAGUGUUGUGUCGAUGU